AUGGCCGUGACUGCUGCCAACAGUGUACUUACUAGUGACGCCAAGGACAUAGAAAGAUGUUUCAGGUCUGCUGAUAAAAGCAUAGCAGUUAUUUACUCUCUCCUUUUAAUAGGACAAUGCAGCCGAAUAUUCCCACCUCACCUUGGCACAUCACAGAUAAUCCAUGGCAAUGGUACCACCGUUGGCACAGUAAUAACAUUCCAGUGUUCUGCAGAACACCAGCUGAUUGGACAAGGGGUUGUCACAUGUAUUUGGAAAGGAAACAGCACACAGUGGACAGCAGACAUUCCUUCUUGUAAACCCGUAUCCAAAUACGAAACCUUUGGAUUUAAAGUUGCCGUCAUUGCCUCCAUUGUGAGCUGCGCCAUUAUUCUGCUGAUGUCGAUGGCUUUUUUAACCUGCUGUCUUAUCAAGUGUGUUAAGAAAAGUGAGAGAAGAAGAGCUCAAAGGGAUAUGCAACUAUGGUACCAGCUCAGAAGUGAAGAACUGGAAAACAUGCAAGCGGCUUACUUUGGUUUUAAAGGCAGAAAUAACAACAAUAACAAAAUAAAGAAUAAGCCAGUAUUUGAUGAUGGUAGUAAUAUGGCGUAUGACAACCGAGGCUUCUGCAGCUUUCAUGACGAAUGGGCUGGAGGCAUCACAGAGACCGGCUGUUUUGGAGAAAACGAUUUACACAGCAAACCAGCCAAACCCAGCAGUGCACUUGGUAGACAGCUGGGACCGGGGCAUAACGUUGCCAUACAUACCAUAAGUACGAUACAUGUUGUCGAGGUCUAUGGGCAUGAAAAGGACCCACAGGGGACAAUGGAUACUCAUUUACCUGGAUAGGCAGUCUCAUAAACGCAACGAAGGAUUUGCUGGACCAAAGCCAAAUGUGAAUAGAGAUACCUGCUGAAUGUGCCUUAAAACACUGUAUAGAAAUGAAUCACUGCAUUGUUCCCAUGCAUCAGUUACAAUAAACGUCAGAAUAUUGACAGAUUUAACAGAUCUGACAAAUGUUA